UGGUAUUUUAUUCCAGCGUGACUGCGACCCAGGCCAUGCCAGUCACCAUGCUGUGCAACCUGCUCUCACGGAUUCAGAGGAGGUGAGUGGUCUUAGCCAUGUUUCAGCAAUUGACAGGCUGAAGAACAAAAGCAUCCUGCGUACUGAGCUGUUUGGAAUUGCGUGCAUUUUCCUGUUUCAUGCUGGUCCUGAUUUCAUGUUUCACUUCAGCAUCGCAGUGCAGACGUACAGCAUGGGAGACCACAGGUUGCAUCUCCUGCGGUAUCUUCUUCAGAGGAACCUGCUGACACAGGAUCAGAGGAGUCUGGACGAACAGCAUAGAAGCCGACAGCUUGCCCUUCCUGCUGAAACUUCUUUGGAGGACGUAGGCAGCGAACAGGAACCUUGUCCCACCCAUCACGUUGCUCUCCCUGCUGAAAUGCAUUUAGAGGAGGUUUAUUCAUGUUCAAGCAGUGAAGAAGCAAGCUGUGCUGACCAAGGUGCUCAUAAUUCUGCUUCUUCAACCAGUGAUGCAGAACAGUAUUUAUCAGAUGAUGGAACCCAUGAGGAAAGCCACCCUUUUGACAGUGACAGUCUGAAUGUGAAGGUGUGCAACUGUGUGUCAACAACUGUUGCGGAUGUGUUGGUGUUAGCCCUAGCAUACGUAAGUAGACACAAGCCGACGACAGCUGCACUGCUUGACCUUUUACUGCUUAUCAACACCAUCUUCCAGAGCAGCAUCUUGCCAACAACGCAGUAUUUAUUCAGGAAAGUGUUCCCCGUAGAAGCCGAGCAAGUAUCACAUCACCUAUAUUGUCCAAAGUGUUCACUUAAUCUUGGACGUAAGACCAGCACCACACGCAAAAAGAUCAAGUGUACCAACUGCAACACCCAAUGGAACUUGAAUGAUAUACCUUCACUGAUCAUGCUGCCUCUAGGUCCCCAGAUUCGAUUUCUUUUGGAGAACAAUCCCUCAAUACAGCAGCAUUUGAGUUACAGAACAGACCGAACAAAAAGCAAAAAGACCAGCUUCGAUGAUAUCCUGGAUGGUGCAAAGUACAAAAGCCUGUCUCAGCCCGGACAGUUCUUGUCGUCUCCUAAUAACUUUUCGUACACCUUUAACACUGAUGGGGCACAGGUGUUUAAGUCUGCCAAAACCUCCGCCUGGCCCAUUCAUGUCAUGAUAAACGAGUUGCCUCCCCGUGUUAGGCAAAAGCAUAUGCUUUUAGCAGGGCUCUGGUGUGGAAAAGGAAAGCCAGAUAUGAACACGUUUCUUGGACUCUUUGUCAAUGAUGCCAAAAAGAUAUUUGAUGGUGUGAAGUGGAAAAACAACUCUGGAACUGUAGUUAGGAGCAGAUUUGUUGGGCUGUGCUGCUGUGUCGAUUCUGUUGCAAGAGCACCCAUGCAGAACCAUGUUGGAUUUCAUGGUUACUUCGGCUGCAGCUGGUGUUAUCAUAAAGGUGAAUACCACGCUUCGGCAAUCAGGUUCCCAAUCACCAUCGACACGCCUAUGGAGCGAACAGAUGACAUGGCUAUAAGAGAAAUGCAGCAGUCACUGAAAGAGAAGCGGCAUCCUGUAUGUGGUUUUAAAGGUCCAGCAGCGUUAAUUAACAUGCCACAUUUUGGAAUAGUGUCAGGAUUUGUCCCAGAUUAUAUGCAUGCUGUACUUCUGGGUGUUGUAAGGACAAUCACAGGACUAUGGCUGUCAGAAGCGAAGGAGAGGUUUUACAUUGGUAAGAAAUCGACAACCAAUAUCAUCAAUAGCAGGAUAAUUGAAAUGUCUCCACCAAGCAGUGUGUCAAGGCUACCAAGGGAUAUAACUGAGCACCGGUUCUGGAAAGCAUCUGAAUGGAAAGCAUGGUUAUUGUACUACGUCUUUCCGUGUCUCCACGGUAUCCUCCAUAAUGACUUUCUGCAGCACUUUGCACUGCUCUCCAGAGCAGUGUUUCUGCUUUUGCAAGGCUCCAUUAGCAGGGCCUUCAAUGUGCAUUGCCUCGGACACCUGACAAGAAGUGUUGUGGACUUUGGUCCUCUUUGGGCACAUUCAGGGUUUCCCUUUGAAACGGCGAAUGGUCUUCUUCGAAAAUUAUUCAAGGAACGACUGCGAAGCAAUAUGUCGGACUCCACAAGCGCCUCCUGUAACGGGGGAUACACAGGAAAGUAUCAUGCAUAUGUGGGUUUCAUCAUGGCGACCCAAAUGAGCUCCCGGGUGGCUCAGUUCCACUUCGAGGAGAAACGUUUCUGCUUCGGCUGCGACCAGUUGCAAGCUGGUAUUUUGAACUGGGACCAGUUCAAGCUGGGACCAGCUGCCAACUGGUUUUGA